AUGACAACACCAUACUCCGCUGAGCUCCGUCUCGCCUUGCAAGUCGUCCAUGCCGCAUCCGUCCUGACGAAAUCGGUGCUCCGCAGCCUGAAAAACAAUGUAUCCGCCGAAACCAAAGCCGACGAUUCUCCCGUCACGAUAGCGGACUUCGCCGCACAGGCCCUGCUCAUUUCAGUCCUGCACGCCGUGUUCCCAGAAGAUGCAUUCAUUGGAGAGGAGAGCGCCGAUGCACUCCGCUCAAAUGAGACUCUGGCGGACCGAGUCUGGCAGCUUGUGCUACAAGCCAAAAAUGCGGAGGAGACCCGAAUGAGCGACGUGCAGCACGUGCGGAGCGGAACUGCUGCGGGCGGGAGCGGGGACGAGGGAGCUUUGACGUUAUCUUUCCCGGCAAGCAAGGAGGCCAUGUUCGAUCUUAUCGAUCUUGGUGGGAAAGGGGAAGUCACGAGAUCGGGUAGAGUGUGGGUUAUGGAUCCCGUUGACGGCACGCUAUCGUUUAUGCAAAAUCGGCAGUAUGCUGUUGCUCUCUGUCUGCUAGUCGAUGGUGUAGAGAAGGUGGGCGUCAUCGGUUGUCCCAAUCUGGCUUUCGACGUCAAUGCCCCCUUGGGGACUACCAGGAUCCAUGAAGAUCAAGUGGAUGAGGACGGGUAUGGUGUGGUUCUGUCUGCUGUCAAGGGGCAAGGCACUUGCGUCCGCAAGAUGGAAGAGAAAGGAAUUGGAGAGCCACGGCGCAUCGAUCUCACACAGCUAGCCGAGAAGUCUCCCACGAGCCUGAACUUUGUCGAAAGCACACUGGGAAAGACAUCGCUUUCGCAACCAGAACACAAGGCUGUUGCAGAGAGCCUAGGCGCCACUUGGCCCGGGACAGUCCUCUGGUCGCAGCAGCUCAAGUACAUUGCGCUAGCACUUGGAUCCACAGAUGUCAUGGUACGAGUACCGAAAAAUGUCUCCCGAUUUACCUAUAUAUGGGAUCACGCCGGUGGACACAUUCUAUUUCAGGAAGCUGGUGGAAUGAUUAGUGAUUUCAACGGCGAGCAGAUUGAUUUUGGACAGGGAAGGCAGAUCAAGGGCGAGCGGAAUUGGGGCAUGAUUGCUACGAUGCCGAGUUUGUUUGAGGAGGUUGGUCGGGCCGUGAAAGACGUGCUCGGACGGAGACCGCAGUGA